AACGCAAUUAAUUCCGGAACAUACCAACCAGUUAAGCGAAAGGAAUGGAUAGCCUGAGUAUACCAUACAGUAUAGACCAGUAUUAUGAAGAAGGCCCAGCACGAUGGCAAGCACAAUCAGAGCAUCCCUUGUCCAUCAACGACGACGAAGUGAUCCUGCCAUGAACUCGUCUUCAUCUUCUUCUUCCAGUCCAUCGGAUGGUCUGGCUCGACGACGAAGCAUUCUGAGACACUAUGUUCGCUAUGCCUUUUUGAGCUUUAUCAUGUUGAUGUCGUCUCUGUCGUUCCUUUCGUACCAUGACAAGUACUUUUCACGUCAAACCUACGAACGACUCUCGCCCACACAGCAUCCAGUCAAAUCAGAAGUUCCUGACGUCAAGACAAAAACAAAAAAGAAGAAACUCAAGAAGAAACGAAUUCUUGGACAACCUCCGACCAUUGCAUCUCGUUGGCCCACCAGUCAUGAUUUGACCGACUUUGUGACGGGCCCUGCGGCUCCCUAUUACACUAAUCACAACAAUGGCAGUCAAUUGGUGUUUCCAACAAUGGCGCACAAUCAAAGCGUGUGCGAAUUCCGCGACAUUUCCUAUUCGUUUCAUUUUCCCCAUGCCAUGCAACAAUUGCUAAGGUGCUUCUCCUGGUGGCACGCCAAUCGCCAUCAACGACCCGUCUUGGUCUUGCCCGCCACACAUGCGCAGUAUUCCUAUACGUCUGCCUUUUUACAAGCACUCCGUGAUAUUUGGAAGGUCCAAGUCUUGUUGCUGCCAAAAGAUGACAAAGCAGAACGACCACUUCGUGCUAUUUCCGCAACGGUUCAAACCAACAAUGGCAAAACACCCUUUCAAAUGACAUCCUUGCACGAUGCGCAAGUUCUGCGAGAUGGAAUUCAACAGUAUUACCACUUGUUGGACCGCAACAACAACAACACGUUGCCCACCGCCAUCAAAACCAUUACCACAAACAACAACAACAACAACAACAACAACAACCACCAAUCCACCACCACCAUGGCACCUCCUGGAUGUCCCACUCCAAAUCAGGACAACAAAUCCAUGCCCGUCGUGGGAUUCCUCAAUCGCCAGGGAGGUCGACGCGUCACCAACUACCAAGCCAUUCUCCAGGCACUCAAUCUUACUACUGUAUACUAUUUGGACUCGUUUGACCACACGACCUUUCUCCAACAAGCCGCGUUUAUGAGUCACGUCGAUAUUCUCAUUGGACCACACGGGGCCCAAUUGACCAGUGCCUUUCUACAACCCACAUGUGGCGGCGUGCUGGAAUUGUUUCCCAAAGGCUUGUUUUGGACCUCCUUUUUUGGAACCCUCGCCACCACCACGGGACAUCAUCACGCCGCCCUCUACACUGGAACACUUGCAAAGCAACAGAAUGAAACCAAAUAUUAUCAAUCCACAUUGGAAUUGCGAGUCCAAUCGCGCAAUUUUCCCAUUCAUGCCAAUCCACCGGCAGUCGUGCAACAGGUAGAGCAAUUGAUCCAACAAUGGCGGGCGUGUUGUGACAGUAUGUAUGUGGAUGUGGAGGAAGAGGAGGUGGAGGAGGAAUGAGCAAAUAGAAAGAAUCGUGAGGAAGAAAGAGUCGUGAGGAUCGAACGAGCUUUGGCAGAUGAUGAUGGACUCACGCGAGGAUUUGUACCUCCAGAGGUGUUGCGGAACAAACCAGAAACGGAGGUGCGCAAGAUGCAUGUGACGACAGCUCGCACAAGGGCAAACUUACUUCUUCUCCCACAAUCACAAAGCAAAAGUUUUUUCGACUUGCAUGUAUGUAUGUACACACCAACAACACACAUCUUUAGAUAGAUUUUCAUUUCCUUUCAUUUUUACUUUACUUUACUAUAAAAAGUUUAGGGUAAAUAGGAUUUGUACGGAAUACAAUUAUUCGAAUGCAUGAUGG